CGAACUCUGCCCCGUUUCAUCAGUUUCAUGUUUCCUCGAACGCCAUCCUCAGGACUCCCGAGCUGGUACGCGUUUUUGGCCCGCGAAUUCAAAAACAGGAAGAUGAGAGUCGCUUCGGUGGGCGCAAAGUUCGACUGCGGUGGCGCGAAAGAGGACGCGAUUGACGUCGUGAAUGUGGAGUUCCAGCGCGUUUCUGAAAGGAUUCAGUGGAACGACUUGUUUCCAGAGUGGAUUGACGAAGGGAAUAGCGCGCAGAGGUGCCCGGUGGUCCCGGUGCCCGAGGACCUCGGGACGAAGUACGCGGGGAUCGACGUGGUGGUGGCGGAGGCGCCGUGUGGGGUGAACAAAAGGGAUGUGUAUAGGCUACAAGUGAACUUGAUUGUGGCUAACUUGGCGGUGACAAAUAGAAACGGGCCGGUUUACGUUGUGUUUGUUGGGAAAUGUGGGCCGAUGAUUGAACUUUUUCGUUGCGAUGAUUUGUUGUGGGCUCAAGAGGAUGUUAGGAUUUACAAGCCCAAUCCCAACAAAUUGAAGCAAAAGCUCGCUAUGCCGGUCGGUUCUUGCCAGAUUGCCCGUCCAUUGGUUGAACGAGAGGAGAAGAAAAGUGGAGACCAAAGCAUAAAAGAGAAGCCUACGUACCUCUUACUCCUCGUUGACUCCUCGAUCUCCCAGGUUUCCCUCCGAGCCCUCCGACUCGCCGGGUGGGACCACAUCAAAACCAUCCAGCGUGUGAAAAACCCGCACGCGAAAAAGGACUCGUACAACGAGUGGAACUACAGCAAGCUGAGGAUAUGGGGCCAGCAGGUGGCGUCGGAGUACGACAAGGUCGUGUUUGUCGACUCCGACGUCCUGCCUCUGAGGAACAUGGACGCGUUCUUCGCGUACCCGGAGCUGGCGGCCGCCGCCAACGACAACCACCUCUUCAACUCCGGGGUGGUGGUGCUGGAGCCCUCGGCCUGCACCUUCAGAGCCCUGAUGGAGGCGCGGGCCCAGGUCGUCCCGUACAACGGGGGCGACCAGGGGUUCCUCAACGAGGUGUUCGUCUGGUGGCACCGCCUCCCGGCGAGCGCGAACCGGCUCAAGAUCUUCGCCGGCGGCCGGAACCGCCGGCGCCGGGUCCCGGAGGACGUGCACGCGGUGCACUACCUGGGGCAAAAGCCGUGGGCAUGCUACCGGGACUACGACUGCAACUGGGACCGGCCGGAGUACCAGAAAUUCGCGAGCGACUCGGCGCACGAGCGGUGGUGGAGGGUUUACGACGGCAUGCCGGAGGGGCUCAAGGGGUUUUGCGCAUUGAGUGCUAAGGAUGAGGCGAGGUUACAAAAGUGGAGGGGAAGGGCUGAGAAUGCUAGCUUCCCGGAUGGACAUUGGAAGCUCAAAAUAACUGAUCCAAGAAGCCAUUCCUUAAUCAAUUGAUGAUACUUCUUUUUUUUCUUUCUUAUUCUCUUUUUUUCUUUCUUUCUUUCUUUCAUUAUCUCUUGUUUCAUCAUUCUAGCUCGACCAAAGUUUAUAGAGUGUAACUACAUAAUUUACGGAAACAAUACAAAGUUAUACUACUAAUGUUAGUUUAUAAUAUGAUUAAAAUGAUUUUGUAGCAUACUAUUGAUUCACAUUUCUAUGCGUUAAAAAUAAAAGAAAAUGCUCAAAUUAAUAGGGCUAUGCAAUAAAUAUAAGAAUAUGACAUUCAAUAAAACUACUUCCACCUU